AUGGACAAGGACAAGCUCGCGCAGCUGCUGCAGGCCAGCCAAGUUCCCAACACGGAACAGGUCAAGGCCGUCACUGCCGACCUCCAGAAGAACUACUACUCCAAGACCGAGUCGCUGAUCCUGCUCAUCGAGAUCGCCCUCACCCACCUCGAUGGCGGCGUUCGCAAGGCCGCCUCGGUCCAGGCCCUCCGCCUGGUGCCCAGGCACUGGGAGAAGACGGCCCAGGACAAGAAGCCGCUUGCCCGCACCCACCUCGUCGAGGGCGCCCUCAAGGAGUCCUCGUCCAGCACCCGUCAUUCCCUGGCCCGCCUCGUCGCCGGCAUCGUCGGCAUGGACAUGGAGGCCGGCGAGGGAGACGAGUUCCUGAAGCAGCUCCUGCCCCUCAACAACAGCGACAAUGUGACCGCCCGUGAGGUUGGCUCGUACAUCCUCUUCUCCAUGCUCGAGGACGACCCCACCCACUUCAGCGACCACACUCACCAGCUGCUCCAGCUCUUCCAGUCCCGCAUCGAGGACCCUGACAGCAAGGAGGUCCGCAUCAACAUCGUCCAGGCCAUUGGCGCCAUCCUCAUGAUCGUCGAGCCCGAAGAGGACGCCCAGGCCCUGCAGGCCCUGCAGAGCUUCCUGCCCCACAUGGUCAACAUUCUCAAGGCUACUGUUGAGGCCGGCGAUGAGGAGAGCUACAAGGUCAUCUUCGAGGUCUUCCACUCCUUCCUGGCGUACGACUCGUCGAUCCUCGCCGUCCACCUCCGCGACCUGCUGCAGUUCAUGAUUGGGCUCGCUUCCAACAACAACGCCGAGGACGACGCCCGCACUCAGGCGCUUGGCUUCCUGAUUCAGUGCGUGCGUUACCGCCGCAUGAAGAUCCAGGCCAUGCGCGAUAUGGGCGCUGAGCUCAUGGUCAAGGCCAUGCACAUCGUGACGGCGCUCGACACCGACGAUGACGAUGAAGAUAUGACCCCCGCCCGCACCGCCAUCAGCCUCAUCGACACGCUGGCCAGCGAGCUCCCCCCUCGCCAGGUCGUCGUGCCUCUCCUGGAGCAGUUCCCCUCGUUCGCCACUCACGAGGACCCUGGCUUCCGCAUGGCUGCCAUGCUGGCUCUUGGCAACGCUGCCGAGGGCGCUCCCGACUUCAUUUCCACCCAGCUGCAGCCUCUGCUGCCCACCGUCAUCAACCUCCUGUGCGACUCCAACGGCCAGGUCAGGCACGCCGCGCUGGUUGGUGUGAUCCACCUCGCUGAGGAGAUGGCCGAUGAGAUGGUGUCUCACCACGAGCAAAUCAUCUCGGCCGUCCUCAAGAACCUCGAGGCUGCCUCCCAGGGCCCCGCGGACAAGAAGAACACGGCUAUCAUCCGUUGCGCCUGCGGUGCCCUCGACACCUUUGGCGACGGCAUCGACACCAAGAUCAUGGCUUCCUACGGUCCCAACUUGAUUGGCCCCAUGGUCAAGCUUCUUGACCACGAGGACUAUGGUGUCAAGGCCGCUGCCGCCUCCGCCAUUGGUGCCAUUGCUUCGUCCAUGGAGAAGUCCUUCGAGCCCUACUUCGAGGGUGUCAUGAAGGCCCUCGGCAAGUUUGUCAUGAUCAAGGACAACGACGAGGCCAUGGACCUGAGAAGCUCCACCUGCGACAGCUUGGGCCGCAUUGCCCUGGCUGUCGGGCCCGAGUCCUUCCAGCCCUACGUCAUGGAGUUGAUGAAGGCCAGCGAAGAGGCGCUGGGCCUUGACAACGCCAGACUCAAGGAGACUAGCUUCAUUCUGUGGUCCAACCUUUCCAAGGUCUACCGCGAGCAGUUUGAUCAUUUCCUCGACGGCGUCUUCAAGGGCAUCUUUGCGUCCCUGGAGCUUGAGGAGGAGGAGAUUGACCUGCCCGGCAUCGACCCGAGCCAGCUCGGAGACAGCGCCGUCGUUGUCGGUGGCAAGCGAGUUCGCGUCAAGGCUCCCGAGACCGAGGACGACCUUACCAUUGCCACCGGAGGCGAGGAUGACUGGGAUGACCUGGAGGACCUCGAUGAUCUCGGUGCCACCACGGCUAUUGCUCUGGAGCAGGAGAUCGCCCUCGACGUCCUCGGCGACGUCAUCUCCAACUCUUGCAACAGCAGCAACCUCGAGACGUAUGCCGCUCAGGUUAUCGAUAAGGUUGUUCCUUUCGCCGAGCACACCUACGAAGGCUGCCGCAAGACCGCCAUUUCCACCCUGUGGCGCACCUAUGCUCGCGUCUUCCAGGUGUGGGAGGAGAGCGCCGGCGUGAAGUGGCAGGCUGGCAUUCCCCCCAACCCCACGCCCCCUCCCUCCAUUGCCAAGCUUGGCGAGGCUCUGUACAAGGCCACCAUGGAGAUCUGGACCAACGACAGCGAACGAUCCGUCAUUACCGACAUCAACCGCAACGUGGCUGCCACCCUCAAGGCCUGCGGCCCUGCCAUCAUUGCUGUCAAGGAUGGCUUCCUCCAGGAGCUCGUUUCGGUGGUCACCCUGAUCGUCACCCGCUCGCACCCCUGCCAGCAGGACCUGGGCGACGAGGAGGAGGAGCAGGAGGUCGACGGCGGCUCGUCCGAGUACGACUGGCUUGUCAUUGACACUGCUCUCGACGUCGUCAUCGGCCUCUCCGCGGCCCUCGGCGGCGCCUUCGGCGAGCUGUGGAAGAUCUUCGAGAAGCCCGUUCUCAAGCUGGCCAGCUCCACCGAGGACCUGCACCGCUCCACGGCCGUGGGAACCAUCGCCGAGAUUGUCAAGUUCACUGGUGAGGCAAUUUCGCCGUUCACUGACUCCCUCGGCCAGGCCCUCGGCCGCCGCCUUGGCGACCACGAUCCUCUGACCAAGUCCAACGCCGCGUACGCAAUGGGCAUGCUGAUUCUCAACUCCAACGAGACGAGCAAGACGCUGCCCUUGUACCCGCAGCUUUGGGAGAAGCUGGAGCCCCUGCUCGACCAGAAGGAGAUGCGCAUGACCGACAACGUCGCCGGCUGCCUGUCCCGCAUGAUGAUGAAGCACGCCGACAAUGGCUUCGUCGCCGAGGCGCUGCCAGCCAUUGUCAACAUCCUCCCCUUGACCGAGGACUACGAGGAGAAUGCGCCCAUCUACCAGAACAUCUACAAGCUCUAUGAGCAAGGCAACGAGACCGUCCAGCAGCUGACACCACAGCUGAUGGGCAUCUUCGAGAAGGUGCUGAGCCCGCCGGAGGAGCAGCUGGAGCAAGAUACCCGGGAGAUGCUGCAGCGGACGGUGCAGAUGCUGAGGAAGUAG